CAAUGUACAAUGGUGCAUUAGCCAGGAGUAGACGGCCAGACGGUCUCUCCCGCGGACCGGCUGUGAAAUCUAACGAAGCGGUGUAUACCGUGGAAAAGGAACAACCUCAAACAAUCUAACACCUGAAGCUGUUCCAGAGGGAGGAUCCAGAUAAGGAAGAAGCAAGAUUUCCAACAGCUCUCAUGAUUCGAGCAUCGAGGACCGAUCGAGAAGUGCUGUCCGAACAUUGAAUCUUUGGAGAACGCUUCAAAAAUCAACAUUUCAUCAACGACCAUCAACUACGACUGUCUCCAGACUUCGAAAACCCUCUUGAAACCAGCUCGCAUGACUCUGAACUGUGGACACGCUUGGAAACGCCAGCCGACGUUGCUCCUACUGAAAGACGACCGAAAGCAACCAAACGCCGACGUAGUGUAGAUUCUCGUAAAUACUUAAAUUCAAUAGUUAGUCUUUUUCUAUCGAAAGAGAUGACGGACCCUACCCCCAAUAAUCCGGUGGCUGGAACCACCAUAGAGAAGAAACGAGGGGACUCUGUCACAACGUCCGGCCAAACCGUCGCCUGGAAGUCCAUGACGAUGCGUCAGAAAUGGUCUUUCUUCACCAGCAACAUCACCGUCGAGCCUAUGAUCGCUUGUUACGUGAUACCGUGCAUGCUGGCUUCCCUGGCCACGCAGAAUCUUAGCCUCGAGAAGGCCUGUAGGGUGAAUCUAGCUUACUCCGACGAGGUGUGCACAGCGUUAGCGAACAGGAACACCACGGGCUUCGAGGCGGAGGAGACGGCUGUUCAGCAACUGGUCGCCGGCAUGCAAACGUGGAAGACCGCCUUGACCAGCUGUCUGCCAACGAUGCUGAUCCUGUUUAUGGGAGCUUGGAGCGACCGCACAGGCUUGAGGAAGCCCUGCAUGCUUCUGCCGAUCGUUGGCGAGUUCCUCAGCAGUGUCAGCAUGCUCCUCUGCACUUAUUUCUUCUACGAGGUGCCCAUGGAAGUUACCGGGGUGUUCGAGGCUCUAUGGCCGUCGUUAGCUGGCGGCUGGUUCACCAUGUUCAUGGGUGUUUUCAGUUAUAUCGCCGAUAUCACAUCCGUAGAGUCGAGGACACUUCGAAUCGGUGCCGCCAACGUUUUCCUGUCCCUCGGUGUGCCAAUCGGAAUGGCGUUGUCCGGGAUAUUGUACUUGAAGCUGGGCUUCUAUGGUGUUUUCGGCAUAUCGACCGUGUGUUACGUGCUGAGCUUUAUUUACGGGCUGGUCGUGAUCAAGGAACCACCCAGGUCGCAUCUCAAACAAGCGAAGAAGGCCGACGAGAAGAAAAUGUCGGUUUGCGACUCUAUCUUGGACUUCUUCGCGUUCAAGCAUAUCGAGGAGACCUUCCGCGUGGCUUUCAAACAGGGUACGAACAAUAGGCAGAAGAGGGUCGUGGUCCUCAUGGUCGUCGUGAUGGUUGUAAUCGGCCCUCUUUACGGUGAAAUGGCAGUGAUGUACCUUUACAUGAGGUACAGAUACCAUUGGAACGAAGUAAUGUUCAGCAUGUUCACCACUUUCGCCAUGGUCACGAAUUUAAUCGGUACCGCGAUAUCCGUAGGCGUGUUCAGUCACAUUUUGAAGAUCGAUGAUGCGAUCGUGGGUAUCAUGAGUUCUAUGAGCAAAAUUUUGGCUGGAUUCGUCUACGCGUUCGCGACCACCGACUGGAUGAUCUAUUUAGCGGCAAUCGUUGAAAUCGUGAAUGGGACAUCCUUUAUAGCGAUGCGCUCGAUAGUAUCUAAACUCGUCUCGACAGAUGAGCUCGGCAAAGUGAACUCUCUCUUUGGAGUCUGCGAAUCACUGAUGCCGCUCGUUUACGGGCCAAUGUACAGUUCCAUUUACGCUGCGACCAUGAAAACGUUUCCGGGGACGUUCUUCAUCGUCGGUGCCUGUAUGACCAUGCCAGCCGUCUUCGCCUUCUUCUGGCUGUACACCGAACACCGAAGAGAUCGUCAACUCUUGGAGCAAGAGAAGAAAGCGAAGAACAUGGUCGAAGGUCAAGAAGAAAGCGACUCGAAGACAGCGAAAUGGCAAAUCACCGUCGAGAAAAAGUCGGAAGUACCUGCGAUGAAUGGCAUCACCAACGCGGCUUUCGAAUCCGAUCGUUCAUAAACAAAAACUUAAAUCGGUAUACGUAACGCGCGUAAACGAUCCGAUCGGUAUGUCGCGAAGAGCUCAAGGAUGAAGAAUAUGCAAGAGGUCAAUGAGACGACAAGAGGAUCGCGUUGAAAUAACUUAUAAAUACGAACAACAGCAUCACAACUGCUCGUAAAUUUUUGUAAAAAAAAAAAAAAAAAAAAUUUAACAUACAAUUUUUCCCGUUUCGAGACGUGACGCGUAAACGGAACAGCGAUAGAUUAAACAUUCCUUUUUCUAGUAAAUAGAGCAUCAUUAGCGACGACAUUACGGCGUGAUUGUCAUGCUUCGUUAUAGAUGAAAAUAAUUAGAGAUUUUCUUUUUAUUCAGAAAAAUUGGAGUUACCGAAAGAAAGAUAAGAAAAAUGUGCCAAAUUCAGAACUUAACAAUGCAUAAAGUUGCGCGCUUACUCAAACGACACAAAUAAAGGAUAACUACAUUUCAAAUCACGACGACCGAGUAAAUGAAAAUAUUCCAAAUACUAUUUUCGAAUUUGUCGAUUCGCGAUUAGCAAAAACAAAAUCGAGUUUGGUGCAUGGAGCUAUCCUUUAUUUCAAGUUCUAGUACAAGCAGUCUCUGGUACUUAAAUAAAUGAAUUGUUACAAUAGAUAAAAUGGAACAGGCGUAUAACCUGUUCGCGUAAACCAGUAUUACAAAUGCAUACAUCUCCCCGACUACUGUUAUUCGAGAAGAAUGAACUCACGAACGAACAAACGAGACACAUCAUGGUACGUAACGUUUAAUUUCAUAAAUAACCGAAGACACAAAUUUUACACCUUCGAGGGACGUGCAUUUAAUGAAAAUGUUUCGUAUGCGAACGAGAUCGAUCUGUUGUACAUUUUUAUUAAAUAGUAUUUAUAUUAAGAACCUGCAUCAUUUCCGUAAGUGUAUUAUAGCUUAUUGUGAUAUAGUACAAUAGUUUUAUAUUUAGGAGAUAAAUAGAGUUACGGAAAUAAAAAGUUUUCAUUGA